AUGGCGGCUACAAAAGUUUUGAUUGGUGGAGGAACGGGCUUUGUCGGAACUCGUUUAAAUAGUCUCCUAAAAGCUAACAACUAUUGUGUGGUGAACAUUUCUCGUAUGCCGGCUGCCAACAAUAUUUCCUGGUCUACUUUGGAGACUUCAGGAUUACCUUCACAGACAUGUGCUGUGGUAAAUCUGGCAGGUCAACAGUUCAUGGAUUUCACUAAAAUGUGGACACCAGGUUUUAAACAAAAUGUGAAAACAUCCAGAGUAUACACAACAAAAGCAAUUGCAAGCGCUAUUAACAAAAGCCAAGAUAAACCGAGAGUGUUUGUAUUGAUCACCGGAGUAGGUGCUUACGAGCCAUCAGAGACUAUAAAGUAUGAUGAAUCAAGUCCUACAACAGGCACUGACUUUUUCUCUAAAUUACUGGUUGAAUGGGAACAAGCCGCAAAAGUUGACCCACCCGUGAGGCUGGUUAUUAUACGAUCAGGUGUUGUACUUGGUCGUGAAGGUGGUAUGAUAAAGAAUAUGAUACUACCAUUUUUCUUAGGCCUCGGUGGUCCCAUAGCAUCCGGUAAACAGUUCUUGCCCUGGAUCCAUAUAGAAGAUCUCGUUAGACUGAUACAAUUUGCUAUAGAAAAUGAAUGUGUCACAGGAGUCUUAAAUGGUGUGGCUCCUCAGGUUAUUACGAAUGCAGAAUUUACUAAGUCGUUCGCUAAAGCGUUGUCUCGUCCUGCGUUCUUCACUGUACCAGAAUUUUCGUUAAACCUUCUAUUGAAUCCAGAAAGGGCAAUGAUGUUGACAAAAGGUCAAUAUGUUGUGCCAAAACGAACUUUGGAAUAUGGCUUCCAAUACAAAUAUCGCACAAUAGACGAAGCUUGCGCAGAAUGUGCACAUUUAUUCUCAAAAAAUUAA